AUGGGUACUGAAAGUGAAAUUCAAUAAUUGAUAAUUUCUACUUUACAGACAUCCAUAUCAUUAUGGGAAGAAUACAAUAUGUAUUUUUUUAAGAAACAACAGUCUUAUAAAUGUUGUGAUUCCUACUACUUAAAAUAUUGUAUUAUGAAUAAUUAAAAAUAAGGUCAGCGACACUUAGAAAAAUUAUCAAUAUUUAUUGUCUUCACAAUUGUGAUCUCUAAAUUAUAAUAGAAAUAAUGA